AUGGCUACUAACGGUGUUGCCCCUGCGGCACCUACGCGAGCAUCCCCUGCGCCUGUUCCCAAUGGAAAGCCAUCUUCUCCCAUGGAGGUACCACAGAGCGUGAGCUCAAGCGACCCCAAAGUUGCAGCUCAACAAGCCAGUGAUAUGCGCAACAUUGUGCGAAGAAAGUUGACCGGUUAUGUUGGAUUUGCAAACCUUCCCAAUCAAUGGCACCGCAAGAGUGUCCGAAAGGGAUUCAAUUUCAACGUUAUGGUAGUCGGCGAAUCUGGACUCGGAAAGUCGACUCUGGUCAACACCUUGUUCAACACAUCCCUCUAUCCACCGCGCGAGCGCAAGGGACCAAGUCUCGACAUCAUCCCAAAAACCGUUUCCAUUCAAUCCAUUAGUGCUGAUAUUGAGGAGAAUGGCGUUCGUCUGCGUUUGACAGUUGUUGAUACCCCGGGUUUUGGUGAUUUUGUCAACAAUGAUGAGUCGUGGCGACCAAUUGUUGACAACAUUGAACAACGAUUUGAUGCCUACUUGGAUGCCGAGAACAAGGUCAAUCGCAUGAACAUUGUUGACAACCGGGUUCACGCAUGUGUGUACUUCAUCCAACCUACCGGGCAUGCCUUGAAGCCAUUGGACAUUGAGGUUAUGCGUAGACUUCAUACCAAGGUCAACUUGAUCCCAGUCAUCGCAAAGGCCGAUACCAUGACUGAUGAGGAGAUUAUGGCGUUCAAAGCCAGAAUUCUCGCAGAUAUCAAGCACCACGACAUCCAGAUAUUCGAGGGCCCCCGGUACGAGCUUGAUGACGAAGAGACGAUCGCCGAGAACAAUGAGAUCAUGUCCAAAGUUCCAUUCGCAGUGGUUGGUGCCAACUCUGAGAUCACCAGUACUGAUGGUCGUAAAGUCCGUGGACGCAAGUACCCCUGGGGAAUCAUUGAGGUCGAUAACGAGGAACACUGCGAUUUUGUCAAGUUGCGCCAGAUGCUUAUCCGAACACACAUGGAGGAGUUGAAGGAGCACACCAACAACGCCCUGUAUGAGAAUUAUAGAUCAGAGAAGCUCACCGCCAUGGGUGUUGCACAAGAUCCAAGUGUUUUCAAGGAGGUCAACCCCGCUGUCAAGCAAGAAGAGGAGCGCACACUUCACGAGCAGAAGCUCGCAAAGAUGGAAGCCGAGAUGAAGAUGGUCUUCCAGCAAAAGGUCGCCGAAAAGGAGAGCAAACUCAAGCAGAGCGAAGAGGAGCUGUAUGCCCGCCAUCGCGAGAUGAAGGAACAACUCGAACGUCAACGGAUGGAAUUGGAAGAGAAGAAGUCGAGAGUGGAGAGCGGGAGACCACUAGAAGAGAAGGGAAAGAGGAAGGGAUUCUCUCUCCGCUAA